GCGCUCGGCGGAAGCGGAAGCGGCGGGUGCAGGAUGAUGAUGAUGGAGCAGGAGGAGGAGGCGGCGGGCGGGAGGGUGCUGCUGGAGCUGCCGGGCGUCUCCAUCCAGACCCGGCUGCACCCCUCCCCCCCCCGCGACGGCCUCCUCAGGGGGCGGCUGCGCGUCCUGCAGGGGCCGGAGGGCACGGUGCUGCAGUGGGAACCCCUGGAGGGGCCCUGGGACCCCCCCGAUGACACGGAGGAGCCGCCGGACCCCGGCUACGAACCCGACUGGGCCGUGCUGAGCCCCCCCCGGCCCCGCCCACAGCCCCCCGGCUGGCGGGGGGGGUUCCGGCUGGCGCUGGGGGAGCUGCGGGGGUUGCGCAGGAGCCCCCCCGGGCUGCGUCGUCCCUUCCUGGUGCUGCUGCCCCGCCGGGGACCCUGCCCCCCACCUCUGCAUUUCUCGCGGGGGGGACCCCGAAAAUUGCUGCGACUCUUGGCCCCCCAGCUGCGCCCGUGCCCGCGGGACCCCCGGCUGCUGUUGGUGACGCCCCAAGAUGACUCCGGGCUCGACGCCCCCCCACAGCCCCCCUCCCCUGGCCUCGUCACUGUGAGUGACCCCCACGGGGGGGCACCCAAAGCGCCUGCUCCAGGGUCCCUACGCCGCCACCGUGGGGGGGCUGAGCCGGCUGCUGGGGGGGCCCCGAGGCCACGCCCCCUGCGAGGAGGAGGCGGAGCCAGAGCCGCCCUUCGAGGUCAUCGCCUGCGUGACGCUGGGGCCUCGCCCCGCCCCCCCGCGGGGGCCACCAGUGACGGAGGAGGAGUGGGGGCGGAGCCACGAUGCCGAGGGGCGGAGCUUGGACCCGGAAGGGCUGAGGCAACGCCUCUUCCGUGGGGGGCUGAGCCCCCAGAUCCGGCUCCAGGGCUGGAGGUGGCUGCUGGGGCUGCAGCCGGGGGGGGGCCCGGACCCCCGGGAGCGGAGCUGCAGUGGCGCUCGCUCAGCCCCGACCAAGAGCGCAGGAACCGACCGCUGCGGCGUUACCGGCACCGCCUCGAACGUGACCUGGCUCGGUGUCACCCCGACGUCCCCCCCCUCGAGCGGGCGCUGCUGCACGACGUGCUCCUGACGUUCUGCAUGUACCACUUCGACCUGGGGUACGUGCGGGGGAUGAGCGAGGUGCUGGCCCCCCUCCUGACCGUCACCCCCAACGAGGUCGAGGCGUUUUGGGGGUUCUGCAGCAUCAUGGAGAUGGUGGGGGGGAACUUCGGGCCCGGCCGGGAGGGGCUGAAGCGGCAACUGGGGCAACUGGGGCAACUGGUGCGGGUGCUGGACCCCAACCUCUGCGACCGCCUGGAGGCCGGGGGCACCCUUGGGUGCUGCACCCGCUGGCUCCAGCUCCGCUUCCAGCCCCACUUCGGGCUCCAGGGGACCCUGCGGCUCUGGGAGGUGCUGUGGACGGGGCUGCCGUGCCCCAACUUCCACCUGGUGCUGAGCUGCGUCCUGCUGGAGAUGGCCGGGGACGUCCCCCCGCGCCCCAGGGACACCGGCGGGGACAGCGACGACGGCGACGGGGACAGUGACGACGAGGACAGCGACUGGGACGAGGCCCCCCCCGGGCGGGUGCUGGACGCGGAGGAGGUGCUGAGCCGGGCGGAGGGGCUGUUCCUGCAGCUGGCGGCCGCUCCCGACCUGCCCCCCCCCCUGCAGGAGCUGCUGGGAUUGGGGGGGCCCCCCCCGAGCCCCCCCCCAGAGCCGCCGCACCCCGAGAACGCCGGGGACCCUCCCCCACCCUGAGGGACCCCCCAAUUUUAGGGGGGACCCCCCAGCACCUUAAAUGGGGGGGGGCUACUGGAUCGGACCCCCCCCCCCCCAAACCGGACCCUGUUUUGGGGGACCCCCCCCCCCCCCGUGCUGCAUUAAAGCUGUCGGG